GUGCCAAACAGAAGCAGACGCCUGGCAAAUUCAAGUCCUCCUUUACGGGAACCAAGAAAAACCCUGAACAGAGAGUGGCAUAUUUCGGUGAAGAUAUCGGCUUGAAUACCCAUCACGUUACCUGGCAUAUGGAAUUCCCCUUCUGGUGGAAUGAUGCUUACGGCCAUCAUCUGGAUCGCAAAGGAGAAAACUUCUUCUGGAUUCAUCACCAACUUACCGUCCGAUUUGAUGCUGAACGUCUGUCCAAUUAUCUGGAUCCAGUAGGUGAACUCCAGUGGAACAAGCCCAUUGUAGAUGGCUUUGCUCCCCACACCACUUACAAGUAUGGAGGUCAGUUCCCUGCUCGUCCUGACAAUGUUAAAUUCGAAGAUGUGGACGAUGUUGCUCGAAUUCGAGAUAUGGUCAUCGUGGAGAGUCGAAUUCGUGAUGCCAUUGCCCAUGGCUAUAUAGUUGACAGUGAGGGCAAACACAUUGACAUCAGUAAUGAGAAAGGUAUUGACAUUCUUGGUGAUAUCAUCGAAUCCUCACUAUACAGUCCCAACGUGCAGUACUAUGGAGCUUUACAUAACACUGCCCAUAUUGUACUAGGCCGUCAAGGGGAUCCUCAUGGAAAGUUUGAUUUACCACCUGGUGUGCUGGAACACUUCGAAACUGCCACCCGUGAUCCCAGCUUCUUCCGGCUUCACAAGUAUAUGGAUAACAUUUUCAAAGAACACAAGGACAACCUACCCCCAUACACCAAAGCCGAUUUGGAAUUCUCUGGCGUGUCUGUCACAGAGCUAGCCGUUGUAGGUGAACUGGAGACCUACUUUGAAGAUUUCGAAUACAGUCUUAUCAACGCAGUUGAUGAUGCUGAAGGAAUCCCAGAUGUGGAAAUCAGCACAUAUGUGCCUCGUCUUAACCACAAAGAGUUCACUUUUAGGAUUGAUGUAGAGAAUGGAGGUGCUGAGAGAUUGGCUACAGUUCGUAUCUUUGCCUGGCCUCAUAAAGACAACAACGGAAUCGAGUAUACAUUUGACGAAGGUCGCUGGAAUGCCAUCGAGUUGGAUAAGUUCUGGGUAUCUUUGAAGGGUGGAAAAACUUCAAUUGAACGCAAGUCCACGGAAUCUUCAGUAACUGUACCGGACGUGCCAAGCAUACAUGACCUGUUUGCAGAAGCCGAGGCAGGCGGCGCUGGCCUUGCCAAAUUCGAGAGUGCAACAGGCCUACCAAACAGGUUCCUUCUCCCCAAGGGCAACGAUAGAGGCCUGGAAUUCGACCUUGUGGUGGCGGUGACUGAUGGUGAUGCCGACUCAGCAGUGCCGAACCUUCAUGAGAAUACCGAGUACAAUCACUACGGUUCCCAUGGCGUGUACCCCGAUAAGCGUCCUCAUGGUUAUCCUCUGGACCGCAAAGUUCCAGAUGAGCGCGUGUUUGAAGAUCUUCCUAACUUUAAGCACAUCCAAGUUAAGGUCUUCAAUCAUGGUGAACACAUUCAUUAGUGAUUCAAGCUUACAACUCUUCAUAUGAAUAUGUCGAUGAAUGAAUUGUUUCUUUGAAUUAUUUCCCACAAUAAAGAACAUAUGCAUACA